AUGGCGCCGAGAAUUCGGGGACACCCCGGCUACGCGACUUCUGGACCUCUAAGAGUCGCUGGUGCCUACAAGGGUCCUUACAUAAGAAUGUACCCCGCGACCCACCACGCUCCCCAGACUCCUGCCCCGCAGCCGCAGAGUCCCAAGUUUCAGGUUCGAGAUUCCCCCGGCAGCCGCGAGGCGAGGCGCGGGCGCGCUCUUUCUCAGUCUCGGGAACACCCCGCGCUUCCGUCCUCCCCGCGUUUCCGGCGGGCUGCGCGCGUCUGGCUACGCCACGCUCCUCUCCGGCUCCAGCCUAGCUCCAGCUCCAGCUCCAGCUCCAUCUGCACCCGAGGGGCUCGCUCCUUCUGUGUGUCUCGAGGCUGUCCUCGGGCCGGGGGCGCGCAAAAGUUCCCUGAAGGGAAAGAGGGGGAAAGAAAGGGCGGGAUUGCCGGGGCAGGCAUGGAGGAAGAAGCAGUCUGGGGAUUAGACUGGGACAGUGACGAGACGAUAGUGGAAGGGUCGGUGACCGAGAGCGAGCUAGAGGAUGACGAGUUGCCCCUGAAAAGGUUAUUUUUUGCUCAAGAUACAUCUUUUAUAUCUGAUCCAAGUUUUCAUUCUGAUCUCAGACGAAUGUAUGGAGAAGCAGCCUCUCCAGAGAUUCAUCUUGUGUAUAAACUCAGAGAGUAUCUACAAGAGCAGAUGAAUAAGCACAUGAUAAAACCAAAUAAGCAGACCAGUCAUCUUCCUAAGAGGCUGGAUCUCUGGGCAGAUAAGGGUCAUGUGAGUAGUUACGACUCAAUAAGAAAUGAAAUGGACAAUCCACUGUUCUCUGAAGAAGUCCCCCAAGAUGAUCUAGUGCUGGACUCCGAAUGGCAGAAUGAGCACAAUUAUUCUGCAGAUGAGGAACAGAGUUCUCUCCUCUAUGCCUUGAAUCUUUCACAGAUCCAGUGGCCCUCUCCAGCUGACCUGUUAAAGUCUGCUGCUUGUUAUGCAGGGUUGCAGCAGGAGCUUUUUGCUUUUGCAAAUUCAACUGAAUUAAGUGAUGGAGAUGACUCCCCUGAAAUUAGCCUACUCUCAGGUGCUGUUAUUACAAGUUAUGGUACAGUAGAAGUAAAGAAAAAACCAUCAGAGAAGCUGAAGGGGCACAGUGUAUUGACAGAGUCUCUAAAGGAAGUUGCAUUGCCUUCAAGAGAAAUCGAGAGAGAAGAUAGUGCCUGUGAAAUGUUGGUGCCCAUUACGGAAGACUCGUCAGGAUUAUCAGAAAGUAUUCUGGUUGGAUACCCAUUUAAAAUGAAUGAAAUUGAAACUAAAGAGUUGUUAAAACCAUUGAGUGAUUUGGGUAGUCCCAAAUCAAUGUCACCUUUAGAUCAUUUGUUGAUUUGUCAGGAAGAUGUUCUGUCAGAGGACAUGCAAGAAAAUGAGAAAAAUGAUGCAUUACCGGCUGAACUGCUGACAGCCCUGAAUACAUUGUCAGAAUCUGUGGUGGAGUCCAUCUGUCAAAGAAUGGAAAGGGGCAAUGGGUCCUCUGCUGAGAAUGAGUUCUUAGAAACAGAACCCAGCAUUUCUCAGACAGACAAUGAUUGUACACAAAUAGGAAUGAAUUUUGAAUUUCAGCAUUCUGUUCAGCCUUUUGGUCAAGGUCCCAAGUUAACGGAACCUUUGUUGAAGGAUAUAACAAUGCAGCAAGGUAAAGAAGGCCUAAGUUCAUUUGGACAGGAAACCUUAACACAUCAAAAUGAUGCCUGCUCUGUUGGGCUUAGAAAAGAGGAGGAUUUAAAUACCAUGGAAACUACCAUGGCCAUGGAAACUUCAUCUGUUUUAAGGAGAUCAGCCAGAUUGAAAGCAGUAAGAGCAGGAGGUACCCCUAAAGAUCUAGAUGAGGUAUAUAAAAUGCCUGAAGAGAUUCUACAGAAAACACACAGUGGACUUCCAGUUGAGUAUUUCAGAACACAAGAUCCUCCUUUUCAGAAUAACAGUGAUGAGAAAUCCAUAGAACGGAGCAAGGAACAGAUUUUAUCUCCUUAUAGCUCUGAUGAACAGUUAAGAAAGGGCAGAAAAACUGCAAAAAAUAGAAAAAGUCACAGAAACAUAUCAAAGGUUUCCAGUAUUAAUCGAAGAGAUAUUUAUGGAGAAUCACCCCUGCAUAAAGCUGCUCAGGCAGAUGAUUCAGCUCUUGUCAAGAAAUAUAUAAAACUAGGUGGAAAUGUAAAUUUGCCAGAUUAUGCUGGCUGGACUGCGCUUCAUGAGGCAAGUGUGGAUGGAUUUUAUAAGACAGUCCUUGAGCUGUUAAAAGGCGGAGCUGAUGUAAAUUGCAAAGGGAUGAAACAAAUCACCCCAAUAUAUGAUGCUGUGUUAAAUGGGCAUUAUAAGGUGGCAGAAUUACUUCUUCAAAAUGGAGCUGAUCCCUUAUUUAGAAAUGAUUAUGGAAAAUGUGCCUUGGAUGAAGCUAGUGACCCCCAUAUGAAGCAACUACUCGAAUGCUACAUACCUAAACCCAGUCCUACACCAGAACAAAAGAAGAGAAAUGAACCGUUACUCUCAGAAGAUAUGCACCCACACCAGAAACAAGACUGCAGUCCCAGAAAGCGCACUCCGUAUUUUAAUAAUGAGAACUCCAGAGGAAUUAAAGAGAACAACACAGAGAUUCCUGAAAGAAACAAAGGAAAUAUAUUGAAGAAUAAAGAAGUUGUGAAUGAAGAUCACCAGAAAAUAUCAAAGAAUAAUAAAUUAAUCUCAACUAGGAAUAAGCAGUCAACUAUUGGUCAAAUAAAUGCCAAUGAACCCUCAAAGAUACAUAUGCAGGAUAUCAGCGAGCCCAAGAACUUUGUGUCUACGGGAAAGGGAAAAAUGAGUACAAUUCCUAAAGGAACUGAGAUAAGUGGUAGAAAGAGCAAUAUUAGGAUAGUACCAGCAACGCCUUCAAAAAGAAUAAUGAGAUCUAUUGCUCAUCUUGAAACUUUUUGUGACCUUUCAGAAAAGUCUAGUAUUCUGACCAGCUCGGCAGCUCCAAUGCCGAAAAAUGAUCUGUGUCAUAAUAGUGAAGAUUUUUCAGUUUUCCAAGGAAGAGAUGCUUGUGAAAAUGACAUAACUUCACCAAUCCUACCAAGUCAGGAAGAACAUGGCCAGAGCACAGGGUCAGCAGACUGUCAGAAAGAAUACAAUUUCUCAGAGUCAGGGACUGCUGAGCCAGCUGAAUCCAUUCCCCUGUCUGGGCUUCUCUCUUGUGAAGAGGCUGAGUUACCAUUAGUCACCGAAGGAAAUUAUGGCUCUGUUCAUCAUGAAAAGCCUCUUCCUUGUGAGGCCAAUAGCUAUAAUAAUACAAAUCAUAAAAGUGAGAAUGUGACAGAGUGGGAAAAGUGUUUCUUUUCCUUUGUAGAUACAAACAUUGACAGUGAUAAUGAUAGCAGUGAUGAUGGUGAAUGCAUCUCUGAGGGAGCUGCAUUGUCCAAGAAGUUUACUUGUUUGGUAAAUGAUGAAAACCAGAAUCAUUGUGAAAUAGACUCAAAGCAUGAAGAAGAAUCAAAUUCUCAACAAUAUUUACCUUCUGAAACUCAAUCUUUGCUCCAGGAGAAUGGUCUUCAAGCAGCCAUGACAGUUUCACAACAGCACAUUGUUAACUUAUCUGACUCAGAUUGUACUGUUAUUUCUGAACGGUAUGUUGUAAAUGAUGGCCAGAAUAUUGAAGGAACUACUUCUGAUGUUAACGCUGGUCAGAUUCCCCUGGCUAGUACAAGGACUCCAUCAAUGCUUGACUUAUCAGGGAAAAGUGGAGUAGCCACCGGUCUUCAAAACAUUAAAGCCACUGCACCAGAUUCUUUUGUUAAUCAGACAGAUGAGGAGAGAGUGACAAAUGUGAGGGAAGAGGAGAGCUCACAAAGAACCUGCUCCGAGAAAUCUCAAGAGAGCCAUCAAAAGAGAACUGAGAGUACAGAGAGACAGUCUCGUGAAAAGGAAGCAACUAAUGUGGAAAGAAAACAAAUGGGACUUUCAGAGAGUGAGGUGACUCCCAAUGAAAAUGUACAGUCUGUUAAAACCAUGAAUGAGGACUUAAAUUGUAUCUCACAGCCCAAGCAAGGGACAGAAAAGAUGAUUCCUUCCCAAUCAGAAGCAUGGCUAUUUUGUACUCCUGCAACCUGUCCAACCACUCCUCAGUCUCCUUUGCUAGAUCUUCAUCCAGACAAGGAAAUGACUGAUACUGUAAACAGAGAGCAAAACACUGAAAGAAGUCAUAAGGAGGAAAAAGAAAAAAGAAACCCAGAGAUUUGUGUGUCUAGAGAUUUACAACCACGUGAAGAAAACAAUCAGAUUAAGAGAAAAAGACAAGAUCAUCAAGGCAUUACCUAUAGUGAAGAGUUGAGUUCCUCAAUAAGUACAAAUAAAGAUUUACUUAAUCUGUUACAGCAAGAGGAUUCUCCUAAUCCCAAAGUUCCCAAUAUUUCAGAACCUUCUGCAUCUGGCAAAAAGGAUACCCAAGUCUUGCCUGACAAACUGAGUUGCAAAACAACUAAAGUCCAAAAGAGGACUACCAAAGGCAAAAGUCGGCUGCAUUUGGCUGCCAAAAGAGGAGAUUUGUCACUGGUCAAAGCGCUAAUAGAAUCUGGAACCCAGCUAAACCAAAAGGAUAAUGCAGGAUGGACAGCACUUCAUGAAGCAGCUAAUAAGGGAUUUAAUGAAGUGUUGGUGGAGUUAUUGAAAGCUGGUGCUAAUGUUAAUAGUGAAAGCCUAGAUGGGCUUUUGCCCAUACAUAAUGCUGUUUCAGGCAAUCAUUUAAAGGCCGCUGAGAUCUUGUUGCAACAUGGUGCAAACCCUGAUCAAAAGAAGGGGGAUCAAAAGAGUGCACUAGAAAGAGCAGAGAAUGAAAAGAUGAAGAAACUGCUGAAGUCUUACAGUAGAAAUGAAACUAGAGAGAUUUGUCACAAUAAAGUCCCUGGAACUGCAUUAGAGGACCCAAAGAGGACAACUAUAGCUGGUACGCAUGAGGCCAUCUGUACCAUUUUACAAGAUAUAGAAGAAAAGCAAGAAAACCUGUUGCUGUUUGAAAUAAGAACACCUGAAGAUGCUGACCAAUACAGUGAGAAGAUGUUACAGAUUAAGGAUAUUAUGGACAGUGUGCUUGCCAAGCAGAAAAAAGAAAGGGAUGAUCUUGCUAAAAAAUACAGGGCUUCUGUAGAGUCUUUUAAACGUGGGGCACUGAGAGAACAACUGGCUAAUCUGGCCACCAGACAAAAGAGCCUUUUAAUGGUGGCCCAGAAGCAGAAAAAGCUAAGCCAAAAAAUACAAAAUUACAAGAACAAAGGAAACAGGUCUACUCUGGGUGUGAGGGAAGAAUUGCCUGAUUCAAGGAAUUCCAAUGAAAAGGACAAGGGCAGCGACCCUCCCCAAGUGGAAAGAACAAGGCAGCCUGGUUCAGUUUCUGUUCCUGUGCAGACCCCUGCCGAUCCCACAAGGGAAAUAGGUUGGAAAACACAUGGGCCUCCUGAAAGUAGGCAAGAGGAUAGUCAAAAUUCAGAUAGCUGCCUAAGUGAAAGAGGAACGCAUGAGAAAGCAGCAGAGAGUCAAUGUGUUCCUUUUACUGGACCGAUCUCUAAACGAAGACGUGUAGAUCACAGCUUGCCGAAGACAUGGAAAAGCCGGAAUACCCAUGGCAUCAAAAGAGUUAAACUGCUUCCCCAACGGGUGACUUCCAGUGCUGUAGCAGAAUAUUUACAAGAAGGAAAUUAUACCACAGUAAUUACAGCCAAAGGAAGCAAAUCUCUAAAUCCCUCUGCAAUAACUGAAACUUUAAAUGUUUUAGAGACCACAAGUGCAACUGUCAGAAAUAAUACCCAUCAGCCAAGCACUGUUUGUCAUCUGGCGCUUGGCAGUUGUCUUUUACCAGGAAACACAGCUAAAAAAACUGUUUCUCAAGACACACCCAGGACAGUAUCAGAAUCGCUAGUGCAAUCUUUUCUUACCCAUCAAGGAAAUGCUGGUGUAGAUAGUGGUACUUUAGCUAGGAGGAAACUAAAUCAAACAGAAUCCAGACCAGUUGGUGCACUAGCAGAUAACCGUCAGAUUAAUUUCUCCUCGGAGCCUGCCAAUCAGAAUAACAAGCAGGAACCUUUAAAUUCCAGAGCCGAGAUGAAAAUGAAAAAAGCCCAGAUCAAAGAACUGAUUUCCCUGGGAAGAAUUAAACCAGGAAAUGAUGUUCUGGAAUUCAAAAUGCAGGAUGCUACUUACAAAGCCAGUAUCUUACCGAAUGGUAAAGUCAAGGCAAAAAAUGGUGAGAUUUAUCAAAAUCCAAUCACCUGGAUCAAAGCACUUUUAGGAAGUAACAUUUCUGUGACCUGGAAGUAUGUGUGGAAUAAGGUAACAUAUCUUGGGAAAGAGCUCUGUAAGUACAUUACUGAAGAAGUGCCUGUACUUGCAGAACCAAACGAAGUACUACAAGAAAACCAGCCCUGUCUGCCAGGACCUUCCAGUGAGUCAUCACAAAACCUCACACAUUACCUGCAGCUAAAUGAAAUAUUGUUGAUCAGCGACCAAGAACUUCUUCCAUGCCAUAUAAUGGAACAGUAUUGGAAAUUCUACACGACAAGCAAGGAUGCACCAUUCUGA